UCUCUCUCAUAGCAGAGAAGCAGAAGGAAAUGACUCUUCCUUUACAGUUCCAACACUCUCUCCUUUGCUAACGGCUAUUCUUUCACUUCCUUUCUUCCCAUUUUAUCCCUUAAACGGAUUCCUCUUUCUUUCAGUUUCAGCUGCACCAAAAUCAACCGUAAUAACUACCACUCACUUCCCUUCAGAUUUCCACCCACCCGGAAGAAUUCGAGGCGAGGAAAUGGCGUUGCCUCCGUUGCCGUUUGCUAUUCUGCGAUCAGAGCUGAAACCCUUCAAUGGGUAUGCUCCGUUUCGUCUGUGGGUGAAUAUGGUGGUUGGAGUGCUUUCUUGGCACUCUUGGUUCGUCUCUUUUACUACAUUCCUGGCAGGUUAUGUAUUUAAAUCAUUUAGUUGCAGUCAAUGUGAAUUGGAACUGCCCUUCUUAGCAUUGCUGCUUGUGAUUGUUGCUCCUUAUCAAGCGAUGAACCUAAGAGGAAUGCAAGCUGGUGCGAUCAUUUCAUUAGCAAGAGCUGGGUUUUUGGCUUUACAACAUUUCUCAAGGGUAGGCAGCUUGCAGCAAGCAUUUGAUCAACGGUCCGUAGUUGCCACUUUAUCUGUCAUCUGCAUAACUGUUGUUCCAUGCUUGCUUUUGUUCUGAUGUGUAUAUUUGUCUUCGCAAAUGGGCCCCAUUCUCACCAGCAAUUAGGGAUGGCAACUUGCCUGUAAACCCAAGCCCUAUGAGGCCCAUUGUGAUGUUUGUGUUAUAUCCACUCCAUCCAUCUGUUUCAGCAGCUCAUUUCAAGAUAUAAACCCACACGUGAGGGAGAUCCAAAACUCAAAGUAGGCCACACCACAAGAAACAUGAGGAAUGGAAAUACCUUCCAUUGAAACCUUCUUGGGACUCACCAUGAUGUUUAUAUGCCAUCCAACCUAUUCAUAUGGUGAUUCCCACCUGGAUGAAGGGAAAAUGCAAAUAUUAGCCUAAUCCAAAACUUUUGUGGCCCCAAGAAGGUUGAAGGAUGAACGUUCAGUCGCCACUGUUUGUUGUGGCAUGGCCCACUUAUUUUUUGGAUAUCGCUCACGGGUAAGUAUUCAUUCCCUUCUGUUUCUUGUGGCAUGGCCCAUGCCUUAAAAUGAGCCGGCAAAACGGAUGGACGGUCACAGAGUGGAUAUAGCACAAACAUCACAGUGGGCUCUAUAAAGCUUGGGGUCGAAGGGGAUUCCUAUAACCUCAAGUAGCAUUUUAGGAAAAGUGGGACCCAUGUGGAACACUUGGAUAGGAAAAUGAUCAGACCCUUGAACCUUCCUUUUGCCUUGCUUGGGGUGCAUGUGUAAUCUUUUGAAAUAAGUUCCACAGUAUGCGUAGACAAAUAAAUAAAAAAUGUUUUUUCUCUUAUAUAAAUGGAACUGAUCAGACCCUUGAAACUUCUGUGUAUUUUGCUUGGGAUGCGUCUGUAGUCUUUCGAUAGAAAUACAUUGGCUCAUACAGAACAAUAUGUUAGCCUCAUAACAUGCUAUGCAAGAAAGGAGAAAAUGUAGUAAAAUAGUUUUGGUGGGCUUCUUUGACAUGUUAGAAAAUCGGUUCAAAACUCGAAGUAGUUUCUAGACGUGGAAUUUGAUUUUGUAUUUCUUGUUGGAAAAUUUAAGAAGAUUUUGUAUUCUCUUGUUAGAAUGAGAUGUAUCCAAGUCAGUAGACUGAAAUA